AUGACUUGUAACUUUACUAACUAUGCCUCGAACGUUGGUAUGCUCGAGAAUUUGCAAUUAGAGGAUGCAGUCGAUAGCGAGGCAUAUUCACGAACGAAUAAUGAUGCAAUAGCGAGCGUCAGCAAUGAGAUAUCUUCGACCGCUGUUACGCCCGCCCCACAUAUUACAACCAGCAUUAACGGUAUGACAAAAUCCACGUACUCGCACUCGAACAAUAACAAUCAUACCAGAAUUACAGCAAACCGAGCAGAGCAAGAAGAGUGCACCGAAUCGGCGCACUCACCAAUGGAGGCCGAUCAAAAUGUCGAGAUGCCCAGCACCACGUACAAAUCACCCUGCUGCCUAACGUUUCCUUUGCCGUCGGUGCAAAUGCAGUCUUUGGCACCGACGCUAUCCAUUACAACGCCACUUCCCACAGCAGCAGCGGCGGCCGCCAGUAAUGAUUUGAGCAGAGAGCACUGGUAUGCACACGCCCAUGUACACGCCCAUUCGCACCCGCAUCCGCAUCCACAUCAUCAUCACCACCAUCACCACCAUCAUCACCAUCAGCAAUUGAGCGAAGAUUUGGUGAUGUAUACACCGCCAGUCGUCUCGGCCACCACAUCCGUUGCGGCAACUGCAUCAGCGUCGGCAAGUCCGACAUCGAUUGGUAAAUUUGGACUCGAUAGCUCCACCGAUGGUUACCUUAGUGCCCGCGUACAUGCUACGACAACAUCGGCGUCAGGCAACGCUAAAGGAGCACGUCAUGAAAGAACAUCCUCAACGGCUUUUUUCGAUAUUCCCGCUGUGACACAUCCUUAUUGUUACAGAUUCCCAUCAUCACCACCCGCGGGGAUUCUUAAAAAGAACGACCAAGAACCAACACUGGCAUUUUGUAGCAAUCCAACUACAGCUGCAACAACGAACAUGAUUCCAAUGAGUCACCACUACCACAGCACUAAGGAGGAGCAUCCCGACUCAACUACCACACAUCUGAGUGGUCAAUCUCAUCAGCAGCUGUCACAUCAUCCGUCUCAUAUGCAUAUACAGCCGCACCCACAUGCGCAUCCCGCUGCACAACAUUCACUACCGACACAUGCACACACCCACACAUCCAGUCACCCACAUGUACACUCUAGCAUGUUGCAUCAACCACAUACUGGCCACUUAUCCACACACGCAUCGGCUUUCAAAUUCGGCCAUGGAUCCAUCCUAUCCACCAGUGCGGCAACCAUGUAUCAUCAACACCCCUACAGUACAACAAACGGUAGCUCAUAUGGACUACGUAGUAACGGUUCCCUAUCGCCAACAGCAUCGUUAACUUUACCAUCAACGAGUUCAACGGAUGUCGAUCUCAAAUACGAGAGUCCCUACAAUUCGACUAUAUCAUCAACCUACGCGCUACGACCAGUCACAGUAGACUCGACAACUGUCUCAUCAACUGAUGGAGACAUUAAAUACGAUGGACUUUACAAUAAUUCCAUUUCGACGAGCCAAACAGUGUCACAGCGACGCGGCUCAUUGCAAUUAUGGCAAUUUCUGGUGGCUUUACUAGAUGAGCCCACCACGAGCUCAAGCUGUAUUGCCUGGACCGGACGCGGCAUGGAGUUUAAACUAAUUGAACCGGAAGAGGUGGCGCGUCGUUGGGGCUUACAAAAGAAUCGGCCCGCCAUGAAUUACGACAAACUGUCGCGCAGUCUGCGCUACUACUAUGAGAAAGGCAUUAUGCAGAAGGUAAAUGGCGAACGUUAUGUCUAUCGAUUUGUAUGCGAUCCAGAAGCUCUUUUUAAUAUGGCUUACGGACAUUUGGCGAGCGCGACUAACGGCACACCGCCCUCAACGAAAAGUGAACACCACACACAUAUCCUAUCUACAGCGGCAGCAGCGGCGGCCGCAGCAGCAGCUGUAACAUUAACGGCUUCAAAAAAUAUGACGGAACAAAUUGGCAACGGCAAUUUAUUGGGCAGGAAUGACUUAUCGAUCAAUGUGGAUCACACAAUGGAACACAGUCAUGGCGAAAGGGAAAGGAACCUUGUGACACAGCUGAGCGCCGCUAGUGUUAGAACCAAUAGUGAUAGUAUUUUCUAUAGCAGUCCAAUUCAUAAAUACUAAAAAAUAUAAAAAUUCAAACAACAAUAAUAUAAAAAGAAUAUGUACUUUGUAUAUGUGUAUGUAUUUUAGGAGAUUGUGUGGGAUGAUUAUGACUAGCAAUGAAUAAAAAGAGUAUU